UAAAUUCAUUUGGUAAAUUGUUCUUUAUUGGAAUCAUUUCUGGCGAAAAUUUUAUUUAUGAUUGGCUUUUAGCCUAAUGGGAUCCUAGACGCCUUGAUGGAUUCAUCGUUGAUAUUCCAAGUUUGAUUCUAGCACAUGGAUAGAGUCAAAAACAAAUUGCUUACAAAAAAAAGACGAGAAAAGUCAGAUUAUGGAGUAGGGCGUCUUCGCCGACACUGCGUAAUUUGUUUGGAACGUGACGGUCGUCGAGCUCAAUUGUCCCCUUGUCAACAUGAUCAGUUUGAUUAUGAAUGUAUUCGGCAAUGGUUAGAAAAGUCAUUGACAUGCCCAAUUUGCAAGCAAUCAGUAGACUGUGUUUAUUAUGGAUUCACUGGAUCUGGUAAGUCGAAGAAGUGGUACCCUCACUCUUAUUUGUCUCGUCCAAACAAGCAGCAGAUCAAACAGGCUUCUUCUUCUUCAACAAGCCAAGGAACGAUUUAUGGAGGAGAUUCUGACAAUGCUGGAAACAUUGUUGCUCUUCGACGACGGAUUUACGAGGCAGGAUGGCCUAGUGUCUGCAUGACAUCUCAUCCUGAAAAUGUUAGAUAUCCGCAUGGAUUCACACCUGGCCAGUUUAGUUCGGAUCCUUCUUUACAGAGACGGGCAGAUGCUUUUCUUACAACAGAAUUGAUGGCUUUUGAUUAUAUGAGCUAUGAGCAGACAUUGUUUUUGCGUGAGUAUAUUAUUGGUCUUUUAAAGCGACAAUCCCUUUCGGGAGAACAAACACUUCAUGAAUUUAGAGAAUUGUUUGGUGAAAGAGAUGGUUCAUUGCUUUUGCACGAAAUGAGUCGGUACUUGUACUCUUCUAUUUCUUCUCUUAGUACCUUUAUGCAUAGUAGAAGCUUUCUAUAUGGUCCUGAAAGACUAACGAUGUCUGAACUAAAUGAAUAACAAUUAUUUUUUCGUCUUCUAUUAUGAUUCUCUUCUAGCUGUUUAUAUUCUCCCGUGAAUGGCUAAUCCAAUAACUCUAGUAAUAUUGAAUUAUUGAAACAAGUAAAGAACCAAGCAACCAAG